GAUUUUAUUUCGAAGUGGGAAAUUUCCCCAAUCAUAUGAUCGAAAAAGAUUGUAACCAGUCGAAAAAUUUUACACGACGGACCGACUUGGAGUAGCGCACACGCACACAUUUCUACCUAUUCUACUUUUCUGCAAGAAUCGUGAGAUUGUGAAAACUGAAUUCCAUCGGCGGAAUCUGAAAAUUAUUCUGUGAACGAAAUAAAAAAAAAUUGCAAAGAUGGCACUCAGCGACGCAGAUGUACAAAAACAGAUCAAGCAUAUGAUGGCUUUCAUUGAGCAGGAAGCCAAUGAAAAAGCUGAAGAAAUUGAUGCUAAAGCAGAGGAAGAAUUUAACAUUGAGAAGGGACGUCUUGUGCAACAACAACGCCUUAAGAUUAUGGAAUACUAUGAAAAGAAGGAGAAACAAGUUGAACUGCAGAAGAAGAUUCAAUCAUCGAAUAUGCUGAAUCAAGCUCGUUUGAAGGUACUGAAAGUGCGUGAAGAUCAUGUACGCAAUGUGUUAGAUGAAGCACGUCGUCGCCUUGGUGAAGUUACCAAGAAUCCCAGUGAAUACAAAGAGGUAUUGCAGAAACUUAUCUUGCAAGCGCUGUACCAGGCCAUGGAGCCGAGUGUCACCCUACGCUGCCGUCAGGCCGAUAUUGGUCUAAUAAAUGAAGUGCUGCCCGCCACUGUUGAGGAAUAUAAGCAACAAAUUGGCAAAGAUGUAAAUGUACAUAUUGAUACGGAUAAUCAUCUUUCGGCAGACACCUGCGGUGGAAUCGAGUUGAUUGCGCUCAAUGGACGUCUAAAGGUGCCCAACACCCUGGAGUCCAGACUAGAAUUGAUUGCGCAACAACUUGUGCCAGAAAUUCGUAACGCUUUGUUCGGUCGCAAUGUCAAUCGUAAAUUCACCGAUUAAAUAUUUUAAGUGUAAACACUAUGCAACAAACAAAACCAACAGACAUACAUAUAUAGUUAAACGAUGAAAAGAAGAAAUUAAAAAUUAAAAGAAAAGGUAGUUAAAUGCGGGUUUAUAAUUUAAUUUUACAAAGAAAAAAAUAUUCAUUUACUGAAAAUUAAUUGUUAGCUAAAAGAGUCAAAUUUUACAGCGAAUGGAAGAAAUAUCGAAAUGAGAUGAUAAUGUAAUGUGGAAUGAAAACAGUGUUUGAUAAAAAAAAGACUCCCUAGUGAGUUUUCUUGGAAUCGAAAGAAGAGAAGACAAACCGAAUGACCUCCUAACAAUUAUUGUGAAUAUAAUUUAGAAAUCAAACUGUGAAAGUGCUAGUACACUUCAUAAUAAUAAUCCAUUCAAAGAUUUGCUGCCGUUGCAAAGUAUACAAAUAUUUGUUUAUGCAUAUUUAAAAACCAGUACACAACAACUUGUGCUGUUAAUUUAAAUCUACGUUAGCGAACUUCUAUAUAGAUGUAUGCAUUGCUAUUAAAAUCACGAAAACUAAAAAAAACGGCAAAAAAUUAGUAAAUGAUCAUUUGACAAAACAGCAUCAUAUAUGUUAUUUUGAGUUGUUUAACUUAAUAAAACAAAAAUUCAUAACUAAGCAUUAAACUAUCUAAUAACAAAAACAUAUUCAUAAAUUGUAUAAAAUCAAUACAUACUCACACGUUAUAUACAUUCCUGUACAAAAAAAUUAUGCUCGCUUAGAAAUUUGAAUGUUUAUUUUGUUCGGAUGCGGAAGUGGUAGCUGAUAGAGCAGUUUUACAUACUUUUGUUUCCUUGAACUUUCAAUGGAAAUUUCAAACCGUUUUUUUUUUCUAUAACACCGGUUUGCUACCUCUGUUUUGAUUUCCUUUAUAUACUUUUAUUGAGUUUUGAUGCACUUUAAUCAUUGUUUGUUGCCUAAUGUUAACCAACUUAUAUAGCAAUAGAGAAUCUUGUUUAGAUUUAACAAACACUUAAUAUUACAACUCUACGGUAACCACAUUUAUUCGGCAAAAUAAGCGUAAAUCGGCGACAGGCGGCAGUAACGGAUAAGCAAAUGAAAUUUUUUCGCUGACAUUGUAUUACGUUUACUGCACGUGCGGGCAGAUAUGGGCAGUGUUAUAUAUUUUCGUAAUUUGCAGUUAUAAAUAUGUAGUAUGCAAAAUGUGAAUUGCACUAAAUUCGUGCUCUUAACAUGUUGUAAAAUGGUGGGCAAAAAAAAUUCGGCAUUGCCGCAUUACAAACACUGAAAUAAAUGCUUUUCAUGUUGACUAUUAGCAGAACAGAAAAGUGGUUAAUUUCACUGUGCGAAAUGCAGCGCCCACCAGCAAAAUGUGUUUUGAAAACGAAUUUUUACGCAUUGUUUGUAAAAAGCGUGGAAAUCAAGUAGUUGUUUGUUUGUUGGUUGAACAAAAAAAUAGUGUUGGGGACUUUACAGUUAAAAAUAUAUUCUACUACAGUUUUCGUGCGUAUAGAAGGAUGUUCCAGUAGUGUUGUUUUCAAAGUAUUUGCAAGUACUUAAAGGUUCGUUGUGUUGCUUUUUUGGUGGUAACUCACUAAUUUAUUCAUUAUAAUCAGUGUGUGUAUAUGUUUGCCACAAUUUUUAGUAAUCUAAAUGUUAUAUUUAAAAAAAUGUUUAAAAAUGUUGGAAAUAUUGCUGCUGCAAAUUAAUAAAAAAAAAUUGUAAUAAUAAAACAAUAUAUUUUAACCUGCUGCCAGCCUAACUACUGCAUUGCAUAAAGAGUUAUGUCGAAAAAAAUUACAAAAUCUUUUUUUUUGCACUCUGCGCUGCCUGCCAUGUUGCUGCUGUUAAAUGUGGUACAGACAAUGUUUGUAAAUUAUAAAUGUUUUAUAAUUGUUGUUUUUUUUAAUGUUAUUGAUUUGUUCUUGCUCUUCUUUCGACUUUCUGUUAACUUUUAAUAGUAUUUUCUUUAUAAUUGUAAAAUAAAAGGUUGCUUUUUGGCCAUAUGUGUAAACACAAAAUAUUUAACACAAAAAAAACAUUUUGUCUUUUUGUUUUAAUCAAAAAUUGUUAGCCUAUAGUUAAUAAAUACAAUAUUAAGAACUAACAUACAUACGCCCAAGUAAAACUUACAUAUGUACAUCAAAAAACGAUAAUGGGACAAUGUGUUAGAUUUGUAGUUAUCGUCAUUGUUCUAAAAUAGUAUACAUACAUAUACCUGCAUAUAUACAUAUAAAAUGAUAUUUAAUAAUAAAUAAAGUUUAAUAAAACAGUAUUGGAUUGCAACAAAGCGUUCGGAAAUGGAAAAAAGUUAAA